AUGGCUCCACCGAUCACUCAGCAAGCAACAACAAAUCCAAAUUCAACGUCAGGUGGUAGUUCAAUAUCAACAAAUCGUCUUGAACGUGAUUCUAAAAAACAUGAUCGCCGAUCUGAUCUUGUCUGUCGUGUUCGUUAUACAAAUGUUCUACCUGAUCUUCCAUUUGAUCCAAAAUUUCUUCGAUAUCCUUUUAGUCAAGACAGAUUUGUUCGUUAUAAACCAACAUCUUUGGAAAAAAAUUAUCGUUGGGAUUUACUGACAGAACAUGAUGUUGGUGUUGAAAUUGAUCUUAUUAAUCCUGAUGCAUAUGCUACAACAAGAAAGAUUACAGAAGAAGAUGAAAAAUUAUUAGAAGAAGAAACAGCUAGUCCAGCUAAUCUUAAACGAUCAUUAUUAAAUCAACGAAGUGUACCAUGGCUUCGUAAAACAGAAUAUAUUUCAACAGAACAAAGUUCAAUUAAAUCAACUUUGAAAAUGGGUGAAGUCAGAUCAAGUUCUGCUAAAGAAAAACUUCGUGAAGAAUCUCUUAAAUAUUUAACAAAAGAUCGUCUAUUACAAAUGAUUGAAGAAGGAUUUGAAACUGCCAAAGCUCCACUUGAAAAACAUUAUAGUAAACCAUCAGUAGUUAAAGUUGAAGAAUGGCCAUUAUUUCCUGAUUUUGAAAAUUGGAAAUAUCCAUUUGCACAAGUUAUAUUUGAUGAUGAUCCAUCACGUAAAGAUCCUACAUUAACAACACAAGAACAAAUGGAAGAAAUGUCUGAAGCAGUUAUUAAAGCCUUAAUUGAUGCUGAUAAUAAAGAAUAUAUUGGUUAUUUUCUACCAACGGCUGAAACACGAGCAAAACGUGCAAGAGAAGAACAAGAUGAUCCAGAUGAAUCAUAUGAUUUUAAAUUAAUACGUGAAUAUAAUUGGAAUCGUAAAGAUAAAACAAUGAGUGGUUUUGAAGAAAAUUAUUUUCUAAGUGUUAAAGAUGAUUCUAUUGUUUACAAUGAACUUGAAACAAGAGUACGAUUAAGUAAACGACGAGCUGCUGGUGGUGGUGCAAAACCGGCUAAUCUUCGACUUAUUCAACGUUAUCGACCAUUUCUUGAGGCGGAAGAAAAACUUCAGAGAAAACGAUUGAAAGCUCUAGAAAAUGAAGAAGAAUUAGAGACUGUUAAUGAAGAAGAAAAUGAAGAUGAAAUAGUUGAACAUGAUGAAGAAGAAGACCAAGAACAAGAAGACGAAGAGGAACAUGAUGAACAACAACAUCAAGAUGAAGAGAAUGGAGAGGACGAAGAAGAAGAAGUUGAAGACGAACAAUCUAAUGAUUAA